AUGAGGAGUGAUUUGAAACUCAAGGUUGAAGUAUUGUUGGAUAUGAGGAAUAAUUUGAAACUCAAAGAAUAGAAUAGAAUUUAUGAACAAACGCUUGAUUCCUGUCGAUUUUGUGUCGAGGCGGCAUGCUUCCGAAAAUGUUGUAUGGUGGCUUGUGGAAAUAGCAGCUAUCUUUCAUCUGUUCCAUGGCGACCUCUAAUAAAAGAGCACUGUUUGAUUGUUCCCAUUGCUCAUUAUUCUUCAACUGUGACACUUGAUGAAGAUGUUUAUGACGAAAUAAGGAAAUUUAAAAGAGCUUUAGUUUCAAUGUGGGAAAAAGAAGAAAUGGAUUGCUUAUUCGUAGAAACAGCCAAAAAUGUAAAACAUCGCAAGCAUAUGUAUAUCGAAUGUAUUGCGGUACCAAAUGAAAUUGGUGAAAUGGCACAUAUAUAUUUCAAGAAAGCGAUCGAUGAUAGUGAGGGUGAAUGGGUCGAUAACAAAAAAUUGGUGGAUCUCAGUAAACGAGGUGGAGACGUUCGAAAAGUUAUUCCGAAAGGAUUCUCAUAUUUUGCUGUCGAUUUUGGUUUGCAUCCGGGUUAUGCGCAUGUUAUUGAAAAUGAAGAUCGAUUUCCGCAGAAUUUUGCUCAUGAAAUAAUCGGUGGUAUGAUGGAUUUAGAGAGGAGACAGUGGAGAAUGAAUGAAAGUCUAACUAUGGAAGAACAACGAGCAAAUACCGCCGAACUAAAACGUUUAUGGGAGCCGUUUGAUUGGACGAAAGAAUCUAAAAAGCGAUAA